AUGGCUCUGAGCGGGUGGUGGCGGAUCCGGGUCAUAAAGCUCACUGAUUUUGGUGUUCAAGGAGCAGAAUCCAACAACAUUUUGUAUCUAAGGGAUAUUGCAGAUGCCGACAAGUUGGUUGCAGCUAUGCAAGCAAAGAAGGAUGGAAAGGCUGUGAUUGUUGGAGGUGGUUACAUAGGGCUUGAGCUUAGCGCAGCCUUGAAAGUCAACAACUUUGAUGUGACCAUGGUGUAA